UGGCAGUAUUGUAUCAAUUUCGUGUGCAUUAUAGAGUCGUUGUUCAUGUUGUAUUGCCCCUAGCAGGACGAGCAGUAGGAGCGAGCAGGGAAUGGGCUGAAGAUGAUGUUGACCCAAGUCGAAGGAAGUCCUGUGCUGGAGGGUCCUCCUGGUACCAUCAAGACGACCCCUCGACAUCUCGGGGGCUUUCUUGCAACCGCGGCGGCCAAGAAUCGGCACAAGGAAAAGCUGACCAAACGCUCGGGUGUGCGGCGGGAUGUUAUGGCAUUCUCAACUGUUCUUACAUUCUCAACCGUUGCAUGGAUUUGUGAUGCAGUAAUGGCAACAGUCAAAGGGGCAAGCUCGCUGCUUUCGCAUCACAGAUUUGGCACAGAUUUAGAUGCUGCUUAGCCUCUCGGAGAUUUGUCAUGCGAAGCAGCUUGAUCACGUGGCGGCUUAAGGUAGUCUUGCGUGACAAAUUCAUGUAACAGUUGAGAAUGUAACGUUUGAGAUCUCCAUAGAUGUUUCACGCUACUUGGAGAACUUCGAUACUACAUCAACAGGAGAGCAGGAGGGUGGGGAACUACAACUCGAUCGUGGCUCUGCUGACCCCGAGAUGCUGGUCGUCCCUUCGGGCCGCGAGACAAAUGAUCGAAAAACCGAUGCACAAGCUCUCGAAGGGGAAGAUCUUGAAAAACAAGAGAUCACGUCAGAUGUUGCCUCAUCAGGAACUGCAGCGCCAGAGGAAAUGAGAGCAGACGGCGCGGCUCUCCUGGAGGACAACAUCGACCACGAGGACUUCGACGAACAUCAUCCAGACCGUCCAAAAGGAAAGCUUGGGCAGCAGCAGGUUGUUGUUCCGGAGGAGCGACAGAAAGAAACAGAGAUAACGAACCAUCAGAGCCAGCCCGUCGAGCCGCUAAGCCGAAACAAGCAAGCGCAGAAUAAAGGUGCAUAUCCUGCUGUGCAAAAGUAACAUCGUACUCGUAGUAAAACGUAAUAUGAAGAGAUGGCGCGAGGCCGAAAAUAUCAUUCUUCAGGUAAUAAAUCUGCAUGAUAAAUUCUAUUUUUCGUGCUGAGAAAAUUUGUAAAUGCAGUUACUGCUAGUGUCAGUGUGUGCGAUGCAACUUCUUUUGCAAUUCAUAGUGCAACUACGGCGAGGACGUUUUUGUUCGCCGCCACCGCCGCGGAGGCCGCCGCACAUCGAAAAUCUCGCCGGGGCGGGGGACGCCCAACAGGAGCACGACGCCUUCGGGAAAGAGCCACACGGGAAGGCGUGGACACGAGGCAGUAUGAUGGGGAACAGGUUGAAGAUGAUGGUGAAGCAGAAGCUAGUAGUAGCAGUGCGGCCUCUAGCGGUAGUGACACGGAGGCCGUUGCGGGGAGCGACGUCCACGAUGUUGAAAACAUGGACGUUCCCAAGAACAAGAACGCGGAAGGAGGGGCUGGACCGCAGGCUUCUAGUUGUGGUGGAUCCAUCACUUCCACAACCUCACCAAGCAGGAGCACCGCACGCGGCCAGCUGGACCUUGAAGCGCCACAAGAAAGUUGCACAGCACGACGUGAAGAUUUUGUUUCCACCAACAGGUGCAGCUCUGGUGUAGCUCGGCGCAGCGGUCGGCGGAUGACAACAACUUCUACGUCAGUUGCUCCUGCUGGACAAGAUGAACAAUCGUCAACCACCAGCACGACGAGAUUGAGAUACCACUACAACGCCAAAAGUGCAGCCGCGAGGGCGUCUUUUAGAUCUUCUUCUUUGGCCACCGGGGGCGAGGUCAUUUCGGAGGCGCAGGGCACCAGUUCCGGAUUGCCGGCUCAAACAGCAGAUGGAGAGGAAGAAGUGCAACUACAGACUGCGGAAAUAAAACAAGAGGAAAAGCCUCUGCUUGGGCCUGCUGAUGACGCAAUUGCAGAGGGGACUCCAGUCGAAGCACCUCUCCCGGCGCAAAGUCCAUUCGAGGCACAAGGCGAGAAGAUGAUGGAUCAGAAGACUGACCGGAACACCGACGAUAGUAGUGUUCCACAGGAGGAAGUAGCACCUCGUCCACGGGCGUCAACAUCAGCAUCACCUCGAGGCGCAAGUUGUAGCUCGAUUGCUGCCACUUCGACGAAGGCAGGUCAUGCAGCUGGAGACCACCACGCGCAUGAUGUGGAAGCUCGAGGGGAGGUCGAGAUCGUGGAGGGGACGAAAGAGGACAGAGCUAAUACCCUCAAGAAAGAUCAUUUUUCUACCUCCUAUGACAAGUCCAGCACCGCCUCCACCGAGGCUGCAGCAGAAGAGACAGCGACAGGUCCGUUUUUAUUUUUCUACUUAGUUGUCGCACUCAUAGAUCAUAGUUGCUGCACUGCAUCAACAUGAUCUCAUACAACUCGAACAUGUUGACGUCAUCAAUAUUACCAGCACCCGGCGCACCUGCUGCCUCUACUGAGACACAGCCGCGGUCCCCAGAGGAUGCCUCGCCGGCCACUGCUACCCCUUCACCAUCACCUGCGCCGCAGCCAAGCGAGAGUCUCUCGUCGAUUGCGGGUGUGGAGCUGCCUCCCGCAGGUGGCCCGCCGGAGCAAGCUGUUGAAGCGCAGAUACCACCUGUGGACCGCAACAAACAUAGCCCGAUGUCGUCGCGCCACGAGGUCGGGGAUAGUUGUGAUCAAGAGCAAGCAAGUGGGCUCGAUUUCACGUUUGCGCCGGUCGUUCGUGUCGCAGCUUCAGUGGGCGGAGAACGGACAUCAACAUGCCAGACAGCCACCGCGGAAAUGCAAAUAAACGGUGCUUGUAUCAAGCAGGACCAUAGUACAACGACCACCACCAGUGCUGCUACUCAUGCCGCAGGUGCAGCUGCCCGCCCGAACUCGUCUUUCAUAACGCCGACUACCACCAAGGCUCCCGCUGAUUACCUUAUUUCAAGCGGUGGAGCGAGCCGCGCUAGUUGCGGCAAAGGACAACAAGGACCAGAAGAUCGCGCAAAUGGAGAUCAUGUUCAGCACAUUGACAUUGCCACGACACCACCUGGCGUGGAGGGUGUAGUUGUACCACUAUCUGAUGACGUUAGCGUCUCGGCCUGCCGCGAAGAUAGAAGGGACGAUGGCGUCAACUUUGCACCUGUAGCGGAGGUGCUGCCUCCACCUGCCGCCGCCCAGCCUAAAGAACCCGCGCGUAUUCUUAACCAACAGGUGCCCUUCACGAGAACCGUUUUAGAGACGGACUGGCGGAGCGCCUGCGGCCUGAAUAAGUCUGUGUCGAAGGACUACAAGAACUACAACCAGGAGAACAAGAACGUCUCUUGCUCUAGGGGGUCAAAAACAUCGAAAAUAAACGCGGGGGAGCAAUUAUGUACUUCCUCCAACGGGUUGGUGUACUCCGCCUCUCCUGUGGGAUCGCCGCUGGACGGUAUUCCCGAACAGGACUACAAAGAGCUGAAGGACUGCGCCAUUGGUAGCGUUCGCGAGCAGGACAGAAACACCAGCCCCACUGGUUCAGUAGAUACAAGGACGACCACAAGUUCAUUUGCAACGCAGCAGCAGAGCUCCUACGCGACCGGUAGUUCCUCCUCUUCUUUCCGGAAGGAGGCUUCCGGAGCGCGGACGUCGUUUUUGGCCGAGCUCUUUCUGCCGGGCUCGACGUCGUCAAGGAGCUCGUCCCAUGGAGCUGAUGCGACGGAAAGAAGCCCUGCAGCUGCUCUCGGCGCGAUUGACGCUGCGGCUGCUGGCGCUGCAGGUGCAGCUCCUGACGGUGUCAAGAGGAUUCUUCCGGCUACAGAUUCUGCGCGAGAAGCUGCUCAUGGGACGAGGAACCACGACCAGACAGGAGAAGUCAAGGUAGUAGGAGACGCAGUUGCUCCAUCAUCGACAGAAGCCGCAGGCCAAGCGGAGAGCAAGAAGCACGGGGCGGCUGUGGCACGAGGUGGUGGAUCCGGAAUUAUUACAAGUGACGAAUAUUCAAUAAUAUCGGCGUCGAGCGCCGGCGUCCCCGUCUCCUCCGACCUGAUUCGGAGCUUCGUGCGCUCGAAGGCCGCGGCUGCUGCUGCGAGCCGAUAUGGAGAGCCAGGGGCAGGAGUGGAAGGCGGGCGUAGAGUAGAAAUGCGUGCUGGGGAGAACGAACUUGAAAAGAACGAGAAUGACUCCACGUCGUGUGGAAGUACAAUACAAGCACUUCGUCGCGACAGCAAGCACGCGACAAUUACGGACCACCUGAAGGAAUCAUCAUCCUUCGCGCCCGCGACGAGAACUUCCUCGUCUUCCUCCACGUCUAUUGCCGGGAGUUGCCGCGCGCGCCUAAGCGCGGCGGAACAGCGGGCGGCAGAGCGCGCUCGUCAGACCUUGGACGAACUCGGCUUGGGGAACAAGAAUUAUGACACCGCGGGACUUCAUCUGAAGAGCACUUCCACUUCUUCGGCAGGACAAGAACGCGGGUUUCCGCUAGAAGGGGAUCAUGUACUCCAUAUUGGCGAGAACAGUACAGGAGCACCGCUGUCUUCCUCGUCAUCGUCUUCUUCGAGCGCUAGUAGCUGCAAGGAACCCGAACCACGAAGGGAAGAAGUAGAAAACCAAUUACGAUUUUCUUUCGGCGCGCAGCUGAUCUUGAAAGGGGGCGGCGACUACCACAGGUGGGCGCGCGAGUGCGAGAAGGCACGGAGCUGGCUUGUUCUGGAAGAACAUUCGGAGAACAAGCAGGAGGAAGCACAGGAAAAACAAAAAGAUGGAACAACUCUGAAGCAAAGGCUGUUUGGUAUUGAAGAUUUUGAUUAGAGUUAUGGAUGAUUUUACAUUUCGAUUUUUCGUGAUUUGAUACCCGCUUUUCUUGACAGUCCCAUACAACCACUCUCAAGAAAAACAGCCACGAUUGAAACAAGAAACAGAAGUAUCUCACAAUCACAACUGAACUGAGCCGCGCAAAAUAGAAAAAUGAAAAUUACACAUCAGGCAUCACGGCCGAAGCCGCCUCUUUCGCCGCGGCGAGUGCCCGUCUGAAAACCGCAAGCAAAGAGGCCACAGAAUUGAUCGCCAGGAUGAGCAGAAACACUGAUGCAGCCUCUACUGCUUCAGAUGCAAAGACCGAACCGGCGCAACUACGAGAAGAAAAUUCAGUUGUUCAUCUGCCUCGGAUGCGAGCGCUGGCCACGGAGCUGCAAGACGGAAUCGAGCUUGUUUCCACCCACCGCGAGCGGCUGGUGCAAACCUUUGGAAUCGCGCACUUCGGUGGAGGGCAGGAUAAAUCACGCUACUUCGAUCACCAGUGCGAGGCCUUGCAGAAUCUCCUGGAUAUGGUGGACUUGACCAUCGCAGACGUAGUUUCUACAACUUCUGAGGCUGGAGGGCUCCACCUUCAGGAAAGUCAGCACGUCGUCCGUGGUCUUGGUGGUGCUCAUCAGCACAUACAACAAGCCGGGAACAAUGGCUGCAGCGCUUCGGCUUCGUCCGGUAGUUCUUCCAGCAGCGCUGUUAGUACUGGUAGAAGAUCUAGCGCAGGUUUAUUGUCCACGUCGACGUCUUCGCGGCGCCCUCCGCCUCUGGUCGUGUUUCCGGAAAGUGUCAAGGUAGUACGUGCUCAAGCGAGGAGUGUUGACGCCUGUCACAGCGGCCUUCCUGUAGUCGAUUACCACGACAAAGGGGGCCACAGGGUAAAAAAUGACGAUGAAAGAAACAACAUUUUUCUUGCAGCUGAACGAGAGGAUCGGCGCACGGAAGGACCCGGGGCAGCCGCAACUGCUCAGAAAAUGGAUAAACAAAGUCGGCAACUACAUCACAAAUCGGAGGCGAGUCAGUGCCGGUCGUUGCCGCGCUUCGGGUUGGAAGAUAGCACCGACAGCCGGGGUCGCGAAGCGGAGCCAGACCAAGUCCUUGACGAAAGGCGAGUGCACGGCAUAGACCGGAGCACGUCGAAGGUCGUGCCCGGAGGUAAUAGUGCACGAGCCGCGCCAGCCGGGAAAACCACGACCCCUCCCGCGUGCAGAGACGGCGGCAGCGGACACAAGAAGCCAAGGCAGCGCUCCCGUUCUCCACAGCUGGGCCAGGAGGCGCGAAGCGCAGGAAGCGAAAUUCUGACUGAACAGGCCGAAGAACCACGACGUCUGCGCCAAGAAAUUUGGUCCGCCCUACGAGCCCGUCACUGGCAACAGGCGAGGAAAAAGCUUCUGGAUUUGUUCCGAAUAGUGGACGACGAAACGAAGAAUUCAAGUAGAAGCAGAAAAGAAGCGGCGACGAAGUCCUACACGGAAAUGCUCUGCUUCUUGGCAGCGAAGCCACAGCGCUGCUCGUCGACGUCGGGUGCCGCGGCAGCAGCAGAAGGAGCAUCUGCUGUUUCAGCCCAAGAACGACCUGCUAUAGUAGAAGAUCGUACCACGGUCGUGCUUACGAAUAGUCCAUUCCGCGAAAAACACUGCCGACCAGGAGAAAAGCAAGAGUACGUGGAGCUGGUGCGUCUGCUGCUUCAGAAGGCACGCGAAGGAGCGGCGGAGUCUUCGUCUAAUAUUCCUGUGACUGUCCAGGUAGUGCGGAUUUAUUUCUUCAGGACAGAAAAUUGAAAAUCUUGUUUUGUAUAGAUAGGAAAAUCAUUUAGAUUAUCAAUUGGGUUCGACACAGGCAUCAUCAAAAAUUCAAAUUCGUUGAUUUUGCCGCAAACCAUUUGCAUCUUUGCCGACUACACGCACAGGAUCUCUGAACUUUCAUCUGAUGAAACAGCACGCCUAAACACAUUUAUUAAAGGUUCACAGUAGCCUUUCAGUGUUUCUCAUACGUUGACCAAACGCCGGCAGUAAUAACCCCACCAGCUGCGUGCCAACAAAAUCAUAAACUGGUGUGAUGAACCCACGACAUCAAGAAUUUAAAAAAAAUAUCAGCCCGCCUUCCACGUAGCGGGCGCCUGCGGUAAUCUGUUUCUGUUGUCGCAGCUCACCAAAAACGACCAACUGCUAAUCAACAACGGCGUGCACACCAGUAUGCAUUGCAAAAGUAUCUAUCGUACUCGUAUGAAUGCAUUACAAAUUUUCUUAGCAUGAGAAAUAAAAUUUGUGAUGCGGAUUUACCUUAAGAGCAAGAUUUGUGAUGCAGGACUUGCAUUUAUUUUUAUACGGGUGCGAUACUUUUGCACAGGAUAACCAGGCUAGCCGAAGUGAAGUUUUCCGUUGAAGCAAAGCCGACCAGCAACGCCAAACUCCUGACCGCUACACCACUGCAGCUUUUCGCGCGGUUCUUGAGUCAACUGUUUCUGCUAUGAAACAAGAAAAUGAACGAUGAAAGUGCUAGCUAUAAUACCAGCAGCUCUUCUACAACUCACCGUGUCCGUUAGCUAUGCCGCAAAAUCCAAUGAAUUCUUGCAUCGAGAUUCCCACGCUGAAUUACGUUACCCACCAUGCUAUGCUUGUCCUCGUACGUUACCCACCACGCAGCAAGAUAUUAGCUGCAUCACCCUCAAUGACAAUUAUCCAUCAGGAAGGACGUACAGUUUUUUUUUUACGCACCAUUCCUGGGCGAUCUUUUGGAAUUGACCAGUGGAGGUGGUAGGUGAGCAAGAAGAUUGAUAGAGAUAGUUUAUUUCUUUGUAGUACGUCUCCGCGCUUUCAUCUUUUCAUUUUCUUCGCAUACUCAACCAGCGGCCAGCUCCAGGAAGAUCCCCUCCCGCCUCCGGUGGUUGUUUCCCAGGGCGGCAAGGCAAAUAGCAUUUCCACGCCCGGCUGCAUCUCCCGACUGCGGGAGGACACGAGCAAAAACGCAGAUUUUUGUCCAGAAACCAUACUCGACGGAAAAACAAAAACUUCUGCUGAACAACCCGGCGGUUCAUCUAGUGGUAAAAAUGGUGGCGUACGACCUGAACAAAUAGCGACUGCGGCGGCAUCGCAAGCAAGAAUCCCGCUCUUUCCCCUCGGUCUGGCCAGCAUCCCCGCGAACGGUACGAAGGACGCAUUUGCGCACCUCUACCCUUUCGUCACAACUACGUCUCCCGCGGGGGCAGCAACUGGUGCUGCAUUAAGCGCAAGUAGUACUACGGGCACCACUCCGGUAUCAGCAUCGACGCCCGAGUCAUCUUCCGAGGAGCACAACAAUAACCUUCAAAAACUAGCACACGAUGAUGAUCUCGUCGUGUUUCGGGUGGGCAAGAAGAAGAUGCGUGCGCACAGGUGCGUCUUGUGGAGUCAUGUGCGGAAGGAUAGUGAAUUGGCUGAUGCCAGCAGUUCUACUAGAAACGGCACGACGUCGGGACCGGGAGGUGCAGGGGACGAAGCUUCUGGCAGUGCAAUUACAUCCACGAAGGGCAGCACCAUCACCGUGGAGCCGAAUGUGGUACAGGACCCCGCUGUCUGGGCUGCUUUGCUGGCCUGGUGCUACGAAGCGCGGAAGCUGCACGGACUGACGAAACACUGGACGGCGUUGCGUUGGUGGCAACUUCUCUGUGCGACGGUCACGUACAAGGUAGAUGGUUUCUUGGUACUGCGAAUAUAAAUUGUACGGCUGGACGAGGGUUGCUGCUGGGUGUCCUCCUUCUCCCGGUUUAGCUUUCGUUUUGCAUGUAAGGUAUAUAUAUGUUUGCGUGCAUGCAUACGACUUGCGGCGGUCCACAUACAACUUCACGGUGCAAGACGGCGACGGGUGCAAAAUUUCUAUUUCUGCGAAAACAGUGGCACGGAGGAAGCAACGGUGCUGGGCAAAGUAUUUCGACAAGAUCCAGCAAGCAAAGCCUGGACCUGCGCCGACCCCAUCACAUAGCCGAGUGAUGACCCUCUAGCAAUAGAUAGCGAAACGCUGUGCAUCAACUAAGCAAGCACUACAAGCGGAAAAUAGAAGACAAAAGUUGAUCAGGGCCCCCGCUUGUGGGAGGGCCCCCGCUUGUGGGAGGUCGGGUCGUUUCGCGGCCCACCCGUGUGAGAGAUCUUUACUGGGUUUCAGUACCUUCUGUCUGGCCCGGACUCCUGGUGCUGCGAUCACCGUCGGGAGUAUAACAACUGUAGAACAUAAGUCUCUGCUGCGCCAGCAGCUACACCAGACGCGCACCAUCAGAAGUGUAGUACUGGCGGGAGCACUCGUGCUGCACCAUCAGAAGUGCGGAACUUACGCGCCCGGGCGUACCAUCUUGAAAUUGAAACAGUCAGUCAGUCAGUCAGUCAGUCAGUGCGUGCAUGCAUGUGCAUCUAAGAAACACAUAUGUUUUCAGGUUACCAAACUCCGGACCGUAGUUGUUGACCACGUGAUCCGACUCUUGUCUGAGCACCACGCACCCGAGGUUCUGGGCAUCCUUACCAAGAGCGCAACCAGCAUAUGGGAUUCUCAUACGGUGCACUCUCAACUGUUGUGUGGAUUUGCGACUCCUGCAUUACAAAUAUUCGCACAGAUUUCGACGCUGUUUAGCCCUUGUUCGAUGAUUUGUCACGCGGCGUGGCUUGGUCGUCUGAUGGCUUUGGCUUAUGGUAAGUGGGUUUGCAUGAAGACAAGGAAUCACGUAUAG